UGCCCUCGCAGUGCAUGAUUUAUAAGGAUCGAAUGGAAUGGUAGCGGGAAGUCUGCAAUCGUGUGAAGCAUCUCUUAGAUUCGUUUUUUUCCGAUUCCCCUAACAAAUAACGCCAUGCAAGAACAAAGCUGCAUCUAGACAAAUAUUAAACCAUUUGGGUGAUAUGAUGAUUCGAAAUAUCAAAGACUUGGAUGAAAAUCAACGGGAGACGUUGUCUCAGCUUGGAAGGAAGAUUGGGAGCUGUUUGAAGUUGGAUCAGGAUGAUUAUUUUCUGCUCAAAUGGUUGCAAGCAACCAAUUUUGAUGUCCAGCAAGCAGAAGACAUGUUUAGACAGAGCCUGUGGGUGAGAAAGAAGUUUGGGCUGGAGACCAUUCUAGAGGACUACAAACCUCCAGAGGUUUUAGAAAAAUAUGACCCUGGUGGAUUUUUUGGCUAUGACAAGGAAGGAUUUCCUAUAUUCAUUGACCCUGUUGGAAAGAUAGAUUUUAAAGGCCUUUUACAUUCUGCAAGAAGAGAAGAAGUUCUCAGAUUCAAAGGAAUGCACGCAGAGCAGGGAAUGCAGCUUGCUAAAGACCAAUCUAAAAAGUUGGGGAAACGGAUUGAUAAAGUUGUUACCAUUCUGGACAUGGAAGGCCUUGGAAUGAAGCACCUUUGGACACCAGGUGUGGCUCUCUUUAACUCCGUCUUGCAUUUUUAUGAGAGUAACUAUCCAGGCUACUGGAAACAGAUUUUGGUAAUUAAAGCUCCGGCCUUGUUUCCUGUGGCAUAUAGUUUAGUCAAACCAUUUCUGAGUGAGUACACGCGAGGGCAGAUCAAAGUUCUUGGAUCUGACUGGAAGAAGGAAUUGCAGGAAUACGUCGACGAGGACAAUUUACCCGAGUUUUACGGCGGCAAGUGUCGUGAUGAAAAGGAUGACCCGAAAUGCGCUACAAAAAUCUGCUACGGAGGAGAUAUUCCCGAGUCAUUUCACGUGGCGCAAAAGCCGUUUGGUGAGGCUGAAGGGACAAAGGUGACGGUAGUCGAGCGAGGCAAGAUCCUUGAGAUCAGAGGCGAUGUCACCACUUCAGCCACAACGAUAAGGUGGGACUUCCGAACGAAAGAGAACGACGUCGGGUUUGGCGUGUUUUUUGCCCCACCUCCCCCACCCUCGCCACCAGCAGAGUCCAAGUCAGACAAGCCAUCUUCGCCUAUUAAGGAGACUCCCGUGAAGAACGUACCGAGCACGGCGUCUGAAGAAAGCACCGAUGAAGAAAAGAAAUCGUCCGAGAACGGCAAACAGGACGUUACCAACGGCAAGGACAACGGCAAAAACAAUAGCAAAGAGAAUGGACAUCAGGAAAAUGAUUUAGAAGAAUUGCUUCCAAUUCAAAGAGUGGAUAGUCAUUUGAUUCCUGAGCAAGGGUGCUUUAAAUGCGACAAGACUGGGACGUAUGUUCUGCGAUUUGACAACUCUUACAGCUGGAUUCGAAGCAAGGAUCUGGAGUACAAGAUCGAGGGUCUUGCUAAUAUGUCUCUAGUCACUGUCAAGGGGACCAAGUGACCGUAUACAAUUGAACACUAGUUAUUUAAAAAUGUAAAAUACAAUAGCCAUAACGGUAACAAUUACAAUAAGAUCUCGGGAUUCCAUUUAUUCUUUGAAAAUAACGAGCGAGAUUGCUUUAUCAAUUUUCUUUCUUACAAAUCCAGCACCCAUAUGUUAUGACUGUCAGCGUUGUAUGGAAAUACUGGAUUAUACUGCGUUGUCCUAUGUUAUGGUUUUAUGGGAAUGUAAAGGGUAUAUUCUGGGUGUAAAACAAUAAUUACGACCAUACCAAGUAACUUAUUUCAAAUUCAGUAAACGAUAAUCUAAACGA